GUUUUGGGAAAGGAGAAGGAGUGCGCGGAGUUGUCAUGGCAACGGCUGGCCGCGGUGGUUCCACGUUCCUCCUGCUGGGCUGUUCGGGCGCUGGCAAGACUCUGCUGGUCAAGCGGCUGCAGAAGCUGAGCUCCAGGGAUGGUGCCAAGGACCUUGGAGAGCCACCCCCCACGCUGCCUACGGUGGGCACGAACCUUACUGAUCUUGUGAUUGGAAAAAGGAUCACAGUUCGGGAACUGGGAGGAUGCAUGGGGCCCAUUUGGUCCAGCUACUACAGUGACUGCUGCUGUGUUUUGUACGUGAUUGAUGCUGCCAGACCCACCCAGAUUGCCUCUUCCUGCGUUCAGCUCCUGUCGCUCCUCUCCGCUGAAGAGCUAACAUCAGUCCCUGUCCUCAUCAUUUUCAAUAAGAUUGACCUACCUUGCUACAUGUCCCUGGUGGAGAUGAAAUCAUUAUUCCGAAUCCAAGACAUUGUUUCCUGUGCCAAACAGCCCAUCACCAUUGUGGAGACAAGUGCACGUGAGGGCACUGGCUUACCUAAAGUGAUGCAGUGGCUUAGCUCUGUCUUGCAUGAUUUCAGAUGAUCUUCUUGUCUCUGGUGCCAUGUGUAGACCACAAAGGGGGAAAACCUGGACCACACCAUUAGCUUUAUACCUGUGUUUUAAAAAAAAUGCUGCUAUCCUGGACAUUGGUAUGGUUUGAGCUUGAAAGGAAAUGUUUCACUAUUUUUGUAUGUUGCGGUAAGUUAGUACUAGAUGGAGGCAGAGAACGUUUCUAUGGAAUGAGAGAUAAAAUCCAUUCAGUCGCAUCCA